CCCCCACGCGCUGCGGGAGCCGGGAGCGUGGAGCCAAUGGCCGGCGCGGCCACGCAGAGCAGGACCCCCGGGGGGCCAGGCCCCGCCGAGCCGGAGGAGACGUGCAGCUGGCGCUGCUCCGAACACGGGGGUCGCCCGGUGGAGCUCUUCUGUCGCCGCUGCGGCCGCUGCGUGUGCGCGCUCUGCCCGGUGCUGGGCGGGCAUCGCGGCCACCCGGUGGCCCUGGCGCGGGAUGAGGCGGCGCGAGUGCAGAAACUCAUCCAAGAAUGUCUCGAGCAUUUGGCGACCAAGAAGCAGCAGCACGUUGGCAACAUAACCCAGAUAGAAGUUGUCACCGAGAAGCUCAAGGCUCAUGCAGAGUCAAGUAAAGCCUGGCUGAAGGAGAAAUUCACUGAACUCAGAUUACUCCUUGAUGAAGAGGAAGUGUUGGCCAAAAAAUUCGUUGAUAAAAACAUGCAACUUGCUCUCCAGGGAUACAGGGAGCAAGCUGAGUCUUGCGAGAAGCAAGUUGAUGUCAUGAAUGAGCUCUCCAGCAGAAUCUGGAGUAUCGGCCAGGAGCCCAACCCCAUCCAGCUGCUGCAGGCAUACACAGCCAUUGAGCUGGAGAUGCAGCGGCACAUGAGCCUCCCAGAGCUGAGCCACCCUGUGCCCCAGUCCUUUGAGCCUGUGAAGAGCUUCUUCAAGGACUUCACAGAAGCCAUGCAGAGCAUGUUACAGACACCACUGGACAUUCGCCUGAAGGAAAACUUGAAAUGCCAGCUGUCCGGCUCCUCUAGCACCAAGCCAGGUACCUUGCUGAAAAUAAGUCCCUCACCAGAGAGAUCGCUCCUCUUAAAAUACGCGCGCACGCCGACGCUGGAUCCUGACACGAUGCACGCGCGCCUGCGCCUCUCUGCCGACCGCCUGACCUUGCGCUGUGGCCUCGUGGGCAGCCUGGGGCCGACGCCCGCUCUACGCUUCGACAAGCUUUGGCAGGUGCUGGGUCGAGACUGCUUCGCCGCCGGCCGCCACUACUGGGAGGUGGACGUGCAGGAGGCGGGCUGCGGCUGGUGGGUGGGCGCUGCCUACCCUUCCCUGCGGCGCCGCGGGGCCACGGCUGCCGCCCGCCUGGGCUGCAACCGCCAGUCCUGGUGCCUCAAGCGCUAUGACCUUGAGUACUGGGCCUUCCACGACUGCCAGCGCAGCCGCCUGCGGCCCCGGGGCGACCCGGACCGCCUCGGGGUCUUCCUGGACUACGAGGCCGGCGUCCUUGCCUUCUACGACGUGAGGGACGGUAUGCGCCACCUGCACACCUUCCACGACUCCUUCCAGGAGCCAUUGUACCCGGCCCUGCGGCUCUGGGAAGGGACCAUCAGCAUCCCCCGGCUGCCCUAGGGCCCCAGGCGUGACCACCUUCGCCCGCUCAGUGUCCCCCGAGUCCCCCGGCCUAGUUGCAGAGGUGUCAUAGAGGCUUCUGCUGUUGCCCUCUCCUCGGUUCUCCCCCACCACUGUCAUUGACUCUACACUGCUUUUAGAGCAGGUCUAUGAAAGUGGGGCACCCACAGAUACCCUGAGCAUCCUGAAUUGUCCAAACGCAUUGUCCUCAGUCUGGGGACCUCCUCUGGCACCUAGUAGGCACACGGUAGGUAGGAAGGCGAGAACUGGCUAGUGGUUUAGGGCUCAGAGAAGCCUGAAGCCCAGGUCUGUCCCACCCCCUCCCCCAGGCAAGUGCCUACCUUGACCCUUUUCCCUGUCCUUUGAGCGUGACUUUCAACCUGGGAGAUUUGACUGUUUUUCUGGGGGACGUGGGUUGGGAAUCAGCAGUUGAGUAUUGCUAAGCAAUCACUGGGUUCAGUCUCAGGAGAGAAAAAAGAGCUACCUUUGGGCAUUGAGCAGCUCCAGAUAGCCUCAUGCUCCUCAGACCCCUCAAACCCAGAUGUUGCCAAGGAAAUCCAGAAAGCCCAGUUUCUGGAAUGACAUGACAGAAAAAGCCAAAAUGACAGGACCUCACAGAGAGGCCUCCUCUAGCUGGGAAAGAUGGCCUCUUUCCAGGACCUGUGCCUCAGGUGUGAAGGUUCAGCGUCAGUUUCCUGGAUGGCUGUGAAGUUACACUGUUAAAGCAUCUUCUCAAGUGUAUAAUGGAGGGUGAGGAACAUGAAAGGCCACCCCUCCUUAUGGUUUAAACAGACUCAGUACAUUUGUUUGAACCAUAUAAAACUGAGUUUCCAAUAGCUUUUGGCUUUAAAAUGGCACUUUAAUAUGGGUUAAGUAGAAUAUAAGGUGUAAGUAAGUGUAAGUAGAAUAUAAGGAACUAAAGUGCCUUUAGUUCUGACCAAAUAAUUUAAAACUCUGACUGGGUAGAUGUGAAGGGACUAUGCUUCAGGAUCUCAGUAAUAGAAAAAUUAAUUACUGGGCAUGGCCCAGAGCUGAAUUCUGAUGGAGAGAGAUGUGUACUUGACUCCACAUUUUCAUCGAUCCCUGAAAAGCAAAAUCUUUUUUACCAGACCCUGAGCUGCAGAAGCCGAGCCAUAGCAGCUCUUAACGGGAUGUCGUUGCUGUCACACAUAGCCUUACUAAACUCAUUGGUCCAUGGGCCGGGGAUGUGGCUCAGUGGCACUGUGCCUGCCUGGCAAGCGCAAGGUCCUGAGUUUGAUCCCCGGUGCAACAAAAAGAAAGUAAAGUCAUCGGUCCUUACGUUGUCCCUGAGAGGCAGAAAUUUUCCCAUUCUGUGCAUGAUGAAAUGGAGACAGAUGUGUCACUUUCCCAAGGUCAUACAGCUGGGAUUGGAGUGAAGGGUCCAGGGUGGAUGUAAAUGUUAUUCUGUGGGACCUGAUUCCACCAUUGGAUUACUUUUUUUGGCCUCUGAGAUGAAAACAUACACCUGAGGAGACUUGUUUUGAGAAGUCUAGGAUUCACAUAGCAGGAACAGAGCUGAACUAUAAAGCAGGAAAACUGCUCCGGGCCAAGGCCUGUGCUAGCCAGAAAACUGCAUUUAGUUCAGUAUUCAGCCGUAGGACCACAGGUAGCCACUGUUUACUUCUUGUAGCCUCAUAGUAAAAUGGGGACAAUGACUCUUAACUUCUAGUGCUGUGAGGAAAAGUUAUGAACUUGCCUUAAAAUCUGUGGUGCUCUAUCCUGCUGGGAUUUAUAACACCCCAGCAGUGUUCUGUGUAUCAUCAUGGUGCUGAGGCAUCUGAGGUGCCCAGCCACCAUGUGGCAGUAGUGGGAGUCUCCAUACUCUUAGCACAGGAGCAUGUCUUCUUCAGGGAGAUGUUCAUAAGGGUAUCACUCAUGUACUUUCUUCUUUUCCAGAGUCGAAUUGUAGAAAUUUCCAUACACACACAGUGGAUUGCUUGCAGAUUUGUGUUUUCCCUGUGGUGCUGGGGAUGACACCCAGGGCCUUGCACGUGCCAAGCAAGUGCUCUACCACUGAGGCACAUCCCCAGUCCUGGCAGAUAUUUUUAAAUGACAGCAAUUUUCUAAUAUGUGG